AUGCCCUUGGCAGGGUCUACUCACCCUGUACGAGAAGCAAGAUGGCAAGUAUUUAGAUCAGUAUCGCAAGGCGGUAACAAGAUUGUGUCAGAUACUGGCUGCAACCCAGAUGUCAAUCUGCGGUCCAAAACACAAUACAAGCAGGCUUUGGAGCUUCAACUCCCUUCUAGCUUUUUGUAUGACAUUCUCGAGGGUACCGUGCCACAUCCCUCGCACACAUACCUUCGUAUCAUAGAAAUAUGCGAAGCGGAGGAAAAAGAGUUUAUCAACAGAGAGAUUGGCGAAAGACGGACCAGGUUGGGCGCUCGGAUUGACCAGGUGACCCUUGAGGUGAAGCGUGAAGCCUUCCAGCGUAGCAAUUUAGAUAACCUCUAUCGUGAAAUUAUUAUUUGGUCCAAUGAUGAUGAGGUUCGCCGGAACUACGAGGAGAAGUUAUUGCAACGAGCUUAUGACUGGCUUCAAGUUCUUGCAGCGGGUAAAAAGAAUCCAAAGCGUGAAGAAGUACAGCGUCUUGCUCGGGAGAUGGUCAUAAUCAAGCACCCAUUUGUGCUUGCCUGGAAAAUUGUUUUGGAAUGGCAGGAUGGAGACGACCUUGCGGAGUUGGAUAUAAAUUUGCUAAACGAUUUCAUAGAGCUAUUUCCUGAAGAGGGCUUAAGCAAAGUCCUGAAGGGGUUUCUCGGAAGUGAUAUCUCACCAUUCCCUAAAGAACUCACCUCGCAGUCACCGAAAGAGAACAAUUCAAACACGGGGUCAAGUGAAGCCAACAACCUAUCUAACCCAGAGGACCGUCUGCUAUUGAUGGCGGAGGGGCUGGAGCAAAGUCCAGGUUCAAUCCUUGCGCACAGGAUUAUGGGUCAGCUUUACUUGUCUUUGGACGAGUUCCAAACUGCAGUUGAUGUUGCUCGCAAAGGUAUAGAAGUGAUUACGGAGGUGCAACGCUUAACUGGAUUGAAACUGCGCAAUGCCACUGACGCUGUGAAUACUACUCUCGCCAACUCCCUCAUCACAUACCAAUCGCCAAAAAACCAUCCUGAAGCAAAACAGAUAUUUGAAGAGAUGUUGAAUCGCAGGCCAACAUCGACUUGCUGUUUUCUCGGAAUUGGUCUGAUCUUAGAAGAAGAUCAAGACUACGCCACCGCAGUGGAUUUUCUUGAGCAAGCGAUGGAGCGAGACCCCACUAAUCUAAGAAUAAGGAGUGAACUGUUCUGGUGCAAGGCACAUAAUGGCGAACUUGAACUUGGGUUACAUGGCCUACAGGAAACUGCGAACAUGAUGAAAGCCGAUCAUACGCGAAAUCAGGACCUCAGAGCGGAGAUAUUAUACCGGAUCGGGUACUGCCAAUGGGAAUUAGAUCCUUCGUUUGUAGCUCGGAAGGAUCGCACCAGAGCUUACGCCAGCUUUCUUGGAUCUAUACAGUCGAAUAUGAACUACGCACCAGCAUAUAGCAGCCUAGGGAUAUAUUAUGAGGACUACAAAAAGGACCGGAAACGAGCACGCCGGUGCUUCCAUAAGGCUUUCGAGAUUUCCACUGCGGAAGUAGAUUCCGCCGAGCGUCUAGCUAGGGAUUUUGCAAACCAGGGAGCUUGGGAUAUUGUUGAAGCGAUAUCCAAAAGAGUGGUGGAUUCGGGAAGGGCGAAACCUGCUCCGGGCUCGAAAAGGAAAGGCUAUAGCUGGCCAUAUGUAGCUCUGGGUGUGGUAGAGAUAAGCAGACAACAAUAUACGAAAAGCAUAGUCGCGUUCCAAUCCGCGUUGCGAAUAUCCCCUGAUAAUUACCAAUCCUGGGUUGGACUGGCUGAAAGCUAUCACAAUUCCGGCCGUUAUGUAGCAGCUACCAAGGCGUUUGAACAUGCGGAGAUGUUGGAGCUCAGCCUCCCAAUAUCUGAAAGGGAACAAGUUUGGUUCGCUAAGUAUAUGUUUGCAAAUGUGAAGCGGGAACUUGGAGAAUACGAAGACGCUAUUGCGAGGUACGAAGCGGUAUUGAAUAUGAAACCAGAUGAGUUUGGGGUCAAAAUCGCCCUUCUGCAAACCCUGAAUGAAAAUGCAUGGAAGUGUGUCACAUCAGGUUUGUUUGGAGAAGCCGCUGAAUGCGCAAGGAAGGCCAUCGAAACAGGAAUAUCCAUCGCACAGCUUCAUCCCGAUUUGUUCAACCUGUGGAAAUCAAUCGCGGAUGCCUUUUCCAUCUUCUCCUGGAUUCGGGGAAAGGCAUCCCUUAUGCCUAUCACUGAAUAUAAAGGUUUUAUUGAGAGUCAAGCUGAUAUGGCAUCGUUUGAGAUUCUUGCAGACGAAGAUGGUGUGAGGACGGAUUUUGUAUCACUGCUCACUAAGUCGGAUUCUGAAGACGUUUUAUCACCAAACAUAUGCAUGCACGCUGCAAUUCUUGCUCAAAAACGUGCCGUAUCCAUAUCCGCUACUGACAAACAUGCCCAAGCAAUAGCAUGGUAUAACCUUGGAUGGGCAGAAUAUCGUGCAUAUAUUUGCUUGCAAGCAAUGAGGUGUUUUAAACGAGCAAUCGAGCUCGAAGCUGGCAACUCUGAAUUCUGGAAUGCGCUGGGAGUAGUUACAACAUCCUUAAGCCCCAAAGUCGCACAACAUUCGAUUGUGCGAAGCCUACAUCUAAACCAAAGAAGCCCUCAGGCCUGGACAAAUUUAGGUGCAUUGUACCUUGUUCACAACGACUAUGAGCUUGCAAAUGAGGCAUUUACCAGGGCCCAGUCAACGGAUCCGGAUUUUGCUCACGCUUGGCUUGGACAGGGUCUCCUUGCGUUGCUUUUUGGAGACACAAGGGAAGCCAGAGAACUUUUCAAACACUCUUUUGAACUGGGCAAUUCAGCGUUAACGUUCCCGAAAAAGCAGUAUGCAGUUUCCGUCUUCGACCAUCUUAUGUCCGACACCAUGAUGCAUGUUGAUAUUCAACAGCUCAUUCAUCCCCUUUUUGCCCUCCACCAACUCCAGACCCAAUCACCUUUCGACCUUCCAUUACAACAUCUUUCAGCUCUCCUGGCUGAAAGGAUUGGGAGUUUUACAGAUGCUACUUCUAAUCUAAAAAAUGUGUGUUUUGGUAUGGAAUUCGAAUACGAAAAGUCAGAGGCGAUGUCGUCAUUAUCUCGGUUUGCCCAGGCAAAAUCGGAUGCCGCACGAGUACACCUAGCUCAGAUGGACUAUGACGCUGCAGUUGACAGCGCAGAAACUGCUCUAAGUUUAUCAUCCGAGAAUGCACCAGAAGAGUUUGAUCCCCUAGUCAAUCAGAAAAUACGGCUUUCAUCACAUCUGACGGCAGGACUGGCCUACUUUUACCUCAAGGAUAUGGACAGGGCAAUCGACAUGUUCCGUGAUGCCCUGCAAGAAGCUGAUAGCUCACCAGAUGUGGUAUGCUUACUGGCUCAAGUUUUAUGGGCCAAAGGCGGAGAAGAGGAAAGAGAAGCGGCUCGGGUUCAGUUGUUGGACUGCAUUGAAAAGCAUCCUACGCAUGUUGGGGCCGUAACACUUUUGGGUGUCAUAGCCCUGUUGGAUGCUGAUGAGGAUUCAACUGAAGCAGUCGAGUCCGACUUGCAAGAAAUGCGAACAAGUGACGAUGUUAGCAUCCACGAUCGCGCUAAGGUCACAAAGCUUCUAUCAAGUAUUGCCACGCUUGUGCUUGCGAAAAACCCCGAAGUACCGAAAGAGUUAAGACAGCGUCAAGAAGCUAUCACGUCCAUAAUGCUAGCCCCAUAUCAGCCACAAGGAUGGGCUGCACUGUCAACAGCAUCAUCACUUUACCCGGCUGAAAUGGCAUUACAAACGGCAUUGCGAAAUAUCCCCCCUAACGGGACGCUUGAAUCAGAAAAGCUGUGUCAGUACUAUACUCUAACUGGCCGUCGAGAUGUAGCGGUUAGGGCGAUAAUGAUAGCGCCUUGGGUAUCGGAUGGUUGGAAAGAACUUUCGCACUGUAUAUCAGUAGAGUGA